AUGGGCCAAGUUCUUUCCUGUCGACCCCUCGUGCCCGGCCGUUCCCGAUCUAAAACUGGGAAGGACGUGACAGAGUCAUGCUCAGAUUUGAGCCGCCCUCAAACACCCCUGGAAGGGCUCCCCGUUCUGAAAAAGGCAAAAGGCCACUACUGGUAUCCCUCGAAUGGUCCUAAGAUCCUCGAUGCUUGCGGCGGUGCUGGCGUGGCGUGCCUAGGACACGGCCGCCCUGAUAUCAUCAAGGCUGUGAACACCCAGAUGAAGUCGGCCACAUACGCCUCGUAUGCUCACUUUCAAACGCCACCGGUUCAGGAGCUCUCUGACUGGCUCAUCAAGAGCACGGGUGGCGAGAUGCAAAAGGUUUAUGUCAUGUCAUCCGGGUCGGAGGCCAUGGAGGCCGCGGUGAAGCUCGCGGUCGAGUACUUUCGCUGGCAGGGGCAGUCAGAACGGACCAACUUUAUUGCCCGACACGACUCUUACCAUGGGACCACAAUAGGGGCUCUCUCUGUAUCCGGGCACCACGCCCGCCGCGCGCCCUUCUCCCCUCUGCUCUCCCCCACCCGUUUCCAUCACAUCUCACCCUGUAACCCCUAUCGCCAACUCCCCUCUUCCUCCUCUUCCACCCCAGACUGGCCCGCCUACAUCGCCGAAAAGGUCGCCGAACUCGAAGCCACAUUCACCACCCUCGGCCCACAAACCGUCGCAGCCGUGGUCCUAGAACCCGUCGUCGGCGCCGCCCUCGGCUGUGUACCCGCCGUACCGGGCUAUCUCGCGGCGAUGAAAGCCGUUUGUGAACGACACGGCGCGCUGCUGAUUUUUGACGAGGUCAUGUGUGGGAUGGGCCGGACGGGAUGGUUGCAUGCGUGGCAGGGCGAGGGUAAAGAGCCGGCGGGUGUGGUGCCCGUGCCCGAUCUCCAGGCUAUUGCGAAGGGGUUUGCGGGUGGGUAUCAACCUGCUUCGGCACUGCUUGUCGGGCGGAAGGUGGCGGGCGCGAUGGAGCGGGAUGGUGGUGGUAGGGUGUUUACGCAUGGGCAUACAUAUCAAAAUCACCCGGUCGUGGCCGCCGCGGCGUUGGUGGUGCAGCGGGCUGUGGAAAGGGAAGGGUUACUGGAGAAUGUGCGUGUCCAGGGGGAGUUGUUGGGCAGGUUGCUGCGGGAGAGGCUGGGGAGUCAUCCGAACGUGGGGGAUAUUAGAGGGAAAGGGCUGUUUUGGGGGGUGGAGUUUGUUAAGGAUCGGGUUACGAAGGAGCCGUUUGAGCCUGGGCUGGGGAUUGCGGAGAGGGUGCAUAAGGUGGCGGUGGGUGGGUUUAGGGUGCUGGUAUAUCAUGGUCAGGGGUGUGCGGGCGGUGGGAGGGGGGAUCAUAUUAUGAUUAUGCCGGCAUAUACGAUCUCGGAGAGGUUGGUGGGUGAGAUUGUGGAACGUGUGGCGGGGGCUGUUGAGGAGGUGUUUCGAAGGUUGUGA